UUGGAGGUAGCGCCGGCGCAAUCGAAAGCUCCUAGUUGUAAAGAUCGGUCGGGUUAUUGUUUGGGUUGAAGUGGGUUCGAUUUAAGUAAAUUUUAAUUUAAAUAAAUAAUUAAUCAAAAUGCGUGUGAUAAUAAGUAUAGUCGCGGUGGCGCUGUGCGUGGCUGGCACGAAUUCGGGGACUUUGCCCGCCUUCCUAAAGGCCUGCUCCGCAUCAGACAGCAAGCUCGACCAGUGCAUAGAGAAGGUCAUCGAGGUCGGCGGGCCCAAGUUCACGGAUGGCAUCCCAGCGCUGGGCAUCGCGCCCCUGGACCCCCUCAAGCUGGGGACGGUGGUCGUCAACAACCCUGCGCUGAAGCUGACCUUCCAAGAUACGGUGGUGACCGGACUCAAAGGAUUUAGGGUUAAUUCCUACAAGAUGAACAGCGCCAAGAACAAGGCGACGUUCGACUUCACGGCCAACGUGACGCUGAAGGCGCACUACGAAAUCGACGGCCAGGUCAUCAUCCUGCCCAUCAGGGGGAACGGCCCUGCCAAGAUCAAGAUCACGAACCUGAACAUCGUGAUCAAGUACGACUUCGACACUCGCGACGGGCACUGGGUGGUCACCAGCUACAAGGACAGCUACAAGAUGGACCGCGCGCAGUUCAAAUUCAGCAACCUCUUCGGAGGCAACAAGGAACUCGGUGACACCAUCCACAAAGUGAUCAACGAGAACUGGGAGCCUGUGAUCCGCGACAUCGCACCCUACGCCUUCGAGCAAAUCAUCAAGUCCUGCGUGGAAGAAGUCAGCAAACUUUUCGGGGUCGUCCCCGCUUCGGAACUACUCUUACCAUAAAACGAUUUCGGGAUAGUCUGGUCUCCGAGCACGUAGAAUUUUGUCCAAUGACCCCAAGCUACCCAUCCUUAUCGCUCGCGCGUAAUUACGCGAGACCGGGCUUUAGUUCUAAACUAAAAACGGGACCGAUUAACCCUUUGGUUAAUUUAGCACACCUGCAAAUGCAGUACUUACAUCCAAGAUUUAAGCUGAUUAUUUUCCUGUUAAUUGGUUACAUUCGAUUGGCGGCCUCAUUUAUGCUGCCUAAGAUCCGGUAGAUUUGAAAAUAAUAAUAUCCGAUACGAUUUCCACUUCAGUUAAUUUAUCUGCGACGGAAAUUAUUUAACCAUUUUUGGCUUCCAAUUAAUUUUAAACUAUUUUUAAUAACAUUCUGUGACAGUUUUGUUUCGAUUAAAGCACUUAAUUCAUAAGUACAAUUAACGAUUCCAGUAUCUCAAGCCAGUUUAUAAUUUAAGAGUAAUAUUAAGCAACUGUCCCAAAUAACUAUGCAAAUCAAGUUCACUAUGUCUUUUGGUGUUGAAAUCAUAAUUUUAAUCAUGAAAUUCUAUUAUUUUUAAACUCCCUUGUUUCUCUCAUCAAUAAAAGAUGUUACACAGCAAGAUAAAAUUCAUGUUGGAAAAUCUUAAUAGGAAUUUUCAGCUUGUUAUCCUAUUCUUUUAGAUAAUGGAAACAAGAUUUUAGACAUAGGCUUUGAUGAUUUGUUAGCAGGCCAUAGAAUUUGUUUUAGAUAAAUGUGAUAAUUAUUGUUAAGAAUUAGGAUAAGGACUGAAUUUAGAAAUAUUAAUUUAAUAAAAAAAAUAAGUACCUA